AUGAAGUCUUUUACCGUCCUGGCCGUUUCUCUCUUGGCUUCUACUGCCCUCGCCGCACCAACUUACCAGAGCUCCGACGUCACCAAGCGCACCCCCGAAGAAGCCAGCGCUGACCUAGCCUUCUGGCAAUCUGGGAAGUGGAAGCGUGAGCCCGAAGAAGCCAGUACCGAUAGCGCCGACCUUGCUUUCUGGCAGUCGGGCAAGUGGAAGCGUGAACCUGAAGAGGCUUCUACCGACUCUGCCGACCUCGCCUUUUGGCAGUCUGGAAAAUGGAAACGUGAGCCCGAAGAGGCCAGCACUGACAGUGCUGAUCUUGCAUUCUGGCAAUCUGGAAAGUGGAAGCGUGAGGAAGAUAGCACCGCUCAGACUGACAGUGCGGACCUUGCGUUUUGGCAGUCGGGCAAGUGGAAGCGUGGGCCUGAGGAAGCAUCUACAGACUCUGCUGAUUUGGCUUUCUGGCAGUCUGGAAGUUGGAAGAGAGAUGAGUAG